AUGCUAAAUGCCGACUCACUGGGUACCGAUGCCGCAGAUUAUGAAGCAACGUCCACUCCUCCGGUGAGAGCUCAAGUGAUCGUAAUUGUGAUAUUUGUUUCUUUGUAAGACCAUAAUCCGUAGAUAUAUUUUCACAGAAUAUCGAUAACGGUUUUUGAUACAACAAAAAUCUUUGUACAAGACAAUCCGGUCUUCCAUUUUGUCCGACACGUCGAAUUCUAAAGAUUGAUCUUCUGUUGCAAUAACUUUUUUCGCUUGCUGGUAAAGCAAAAACGCUUCUUAGACCAAAGCCAGUAUUGUUGACAGAAUUUUACCACUAUUUUUUUACUGUUUUCGUUGUCUCUUUUGCAGG